AUGGUUUUUCCUAGCUCCCUGGUGCGCUAUGACAAGGCUGUUUGGUGUAGGCUCUCGGCUCCUAAACAACAAUUUAUCCUCUGGCUUGCAGUAAACCAGAAACUACCUACUAGAGAUUGGCUUAACUACUGUCAUAUUCCUCUAAAUUCUCUAAUCUGUCCAGUUUGCUUACAAGCAGAGGAAAGCCAUUCCCAUCUGUUUUUUGAUUGUAUAUUCUCCAAGAAAGUGAUUCAGUCAGCCCAAGAAUGGCUGAGAGGGUUUGCUUGGCCAGUUCAGUUCCAGAGCUGGAUUUCUUGGCUGUCCUUGCCUCAGCCCAGUUGGUUGUCGAAGGUGAUUAUUGCAGCUUGUGCUGCUUCGGUCUACUUCAUUUGGCUGAAUAGAAAUAAGUGUUGGCUUGAGAAUUGCUGUAUUCCGGUGCAUAGGAUUGAUCAGCUGACUCGAUUCACUAUUAAAGCAAGAAUAUUGAAUUUAUUCAAGCUGCUAAGUGGGUGGUGCAGCCACGACUCUGUCUACAAUGCAACCCAAUAUUGCACUUGGUCUGGUAUCACUUGCGACCCCGCUGGACAGAUUACUCAAAUUACUCUUUCUCAUUUUUAUUAUGCAACCCAAUAUUGUGAAUAUUCUGAACUCUGGUUAUUGGAGAAAUUCAACUGGUCUUGCUUUCCAAACUUAGUCCAUCUGAAUCUUUCCUGUGCCGGGCUUUAUGGAGUUAUUCCAUCCCACAUAGGUACUCUUUCAAAGCUCACCCACCUUCACCUUUCCAAAAAUUGUCUAACAGGCCAAUUACCUCUUUCAAUUGCCAACCUCUCCAGGUUGAUGGUGUUUGAUCUUUCUUAUAAUUACCUAAAUGUUUCUAUUCCAAGAGAAUUGGGUAGUUUAAAGAAUCUUAUUGCAUUAAAUUUCAGCCAUAACCAUUUUAGCGGUCCAAUUCCUUCAACUGUUGCUCUUUUUUCCAACCUCACUUAUCUAGAUAUGUCAUCUAAUCAAAUUUGUGGGUCUAUUCCAAUUGAUUUAGGAAAGCUGAAGAACAUGGUUUCUCUUGACCUGUCUGAAAACAAAAUCAAUGGUUCCAUACCUCCGGCUUUGGGUGAUCUAACCAAUUUGGUGGAGUUGGACCUUAGCCAAAAUCAAUUGAUCGGUUGCAUUCCAUUAGAAAUUGCAAAUUUGAAGAACUUGACAUUUCUGGAUGUUAGUUCCAACAGCCUCAGUUGUCCAAUUCCUUCAACUGUUGCUCUUUUUUCCAACCUCACUCAUCUACAUAUGUCAUCUAAUCAAAUUAAUGGGUCUAUUCCAAUUGAUUUAGGAAAGCUGAAGAACAUGGUUUCUCUUGACCUGUCUGACAACAGGCUCCAAGGACACCUCCCAUCCAGUAUAUUCCACCUGAACAGAUUGACUUCCCUAUCAUUUUCCCACAACAAAAUCAAUGGUUCCAUACCUCCGGCUUUGGGUGAUCUAACCAAUUUGGUGGAGUUGGACCUUAGUUCAAACGAAUUUGAUGGUCCACUCCCUGUGGAAAUUAGAAAACUAAGAAACCUAGAGUCGUUAGUCCUUAGCCAAAAUCAAUUGAUUGGUUGCAUUCCAUUAGAAAUUUCAAAUUUGAAGAACUUAACAUUUCUGGAUGUUAGUUUCAACAAACUCAGUUGUCCAAUUAUGCAAAUUCUUACGGCUUUACAAUCAAUCGAAGUUCUUUGGCUAGGUUCAAAUAGAAUAUAUGGUUCCAUGGAUUCAAAUAUUGUAAAGCUCAGAAAGCUGAAUUCCUUGGACUUAUCAUAUAACAACAUAUCAGGGAUCAUACCUUCUGAAUUUGCCUGCUUGACAAUAUUAGAGUAUUUGGAUCUUUCUUACAACUCUUUAAAGUGUCCAACCGGCAAAGAGCUUGUCACUGAAUCUUCAAAGUAUAUAUUACGUGAUGUUGAAGGUGACAUCAUUUCUUUCUACCCUCCCCUUCAUUGCCCCAAGUCUACCCCUCAAGUUGCGAUCAUUAUUUGCGUCGUCUUGGCCUUCUUUGCCUUUUAUUUGAUCAUUUUAUUCCUGUUGGCCGAUAAGUGUCAUUUCAAAUCUAGACAAGUCCAACCUACUAAACGAGCUUCAAAAAAUGGUGAUAUAUUGUCGGUAUGGAAUUAUGAUGGGAAAAUUGCAUUUGAAGAUAUCCUAAAAGCAACGGAAGAUUUUGACAUUCGAUAUUGCAUUGGAACAGGUGGUUACGGUAGUGUAUAUAGAGCACAACUACCUAGUGGCAAAGUAGUUGCCUUGAAGAAGCUUCACAGUUCAGAGGCAGAAGAAGUAUCAUUCAGAAAGAGUUUUGAGAAUGAGGUAGAAACGUUGACUAAAAUUCGUCACAAAAAUAUCAUAAGACUCUAUGGAUUCUGUUUGAACAAAAGAAGCAUGUUUUUGAUUUACGAGUAUAUGGAAAGAGGAAGCUUGUUUUGUGUUCUAAGCGAUGAUUUAGAAGCUGUGGAAUUAGAUUGGAGUAAGAGAAUUAACGUCAUCAAAGGCAUAGCUUAUGCAUUGUCUUACAUGCAUCAUGAUUGCACUCCUCCAAUUGUUCAUCGUGAUGUAAAGAGCACCAACAUCUUAUUGAACUCAGAAUUUGAGGCUUUUGUGUCUGAUUAUGGAACCGCAAGAUUACUUGAUCCCGAUACUUCCAAUCGAACCAUGAUUGCUGGUACAUACGGCUAUAUUGCUCCAGAAUUUGCCUACACCAUGGCCAUAACGGAAAAAUGUGACGUUUAUAGCUUUGGUGUAGUGGUACUCGAAACGUUAAUGGGUAAGCACCCUGGAGAAUUUUUGUCGUCAUUGUCAUCUUCAUCAUCGUCAAUUCAAAAUAUGUUGCUGACUGAAAUAAUAGACCAUCGCCCGUCACCGCCAAGAAAUGGGGUUGUUGAGAGUGAUAUUGUUCUUAUUACUACGCUGGGAUUUGCAUGCCUAAAUGCCAAACCAAUGUAUCGACCAACAAUGAAGCUAGUUUCUCAACAACUUCUUGCUCGCAAACGAUUGUUAGCCAAGCGUUUUAGUGAUAUUUCACUUGGACAGCUAAUGUUCCUAGAUGAAACUUUACUAGAAAUUGAAAAUAAGAUUAGUUGAAUUCAUUAAAUUCAAAGAUGUUUCUUGCAACUUAUCACCAUGCUCUACUUUGGAAUGUAUAAUAUCAUCUCCACCUUUUCAA